UUCUUGCGCAUGCCCGUUACUGACUAACUACAGAGCGGAAUAGGAGAUAAGCUAGUUUGAGCCGUUGUGUCGUUAGUGCUCGGAAACUAGUGCCGGAAAAAUCUGCAAUCAUCUGAUUUUACACGUAAUUUACGAUCGAUUAGUUAAUCCGGAUUAUUUCGGGACAUUCUCAGCCGCUUAAAUCUUGUGAGAUUUAUCAGCAGAAGGCGACGACAGACGAAGAUAAGCGCGUAUUUGUCUUGAAGACCGGAACCGUUGGUCGCUCGUUUGACCUAGCACAGACCUGGGCCCAGCUUCAGCGACACUCACACGUUUUUAAUUUUUAAGUUUUUAAGACAAAGCUCAGCGCGAUGGCUUGUGGAGCUACUCUGAAAAGGAGCCUGGAUUUCGAUCCGCUGAUGAACCCGGCUUCGCCUAAAAGAAGGCGGUGCGCCCCGAUCAUGUCCCCGGUGUCUUCGCCGCAGAAGUAUCUGCGUAUGGAGCCCUCACCUUUCGGGGAAGUGUCGUCCAGACUCACCACAGAGCAAAUUCUUCACAACAUCAAACAGGAGUACAAGAGGCUGCAGAAACGACGACACCUGGACAGCGCUUUCCAGCAGGCGGACGGCUGCUGUCCUCUCGACCUGCAGAACGUCCACAGCGGAUCGGCUCUGCCAGGUACGUCCUCGGGCGCUGCGUCUCCCACCAGGAAAGAGCAGCCUCUGUUCUCCCUCAGGCAGGUCGGGAUGAUUUGUGAAAGACUACUGAAAGAGCGAGAGGAGAAAAUCCGCGAGGAGUACGACGAGAUACUGACGACAAAGCUCGCAGAGCAAUAUGACGCGUUCGUGAAGUUCACACACGAUCAGCUGAUGCGAAGGUUCGGAGAGCAGCCCGCUAGCUAUGUUUCCUGAGUCUCGCCGUCUCGACAUCCAGGAAUAUACCAUUUGCUGCAAACUACUCCAGGGACUCCGUGGGUCUAGUUUCUCCUAGCUGUGCCAUAUCGCCUCUAUGUGGACUCACUGCCUUCAGGCAUCAGUUAGUGGCAUCCACGUUUGCUGUGUCUGCCAGAGUUAGGAGGGCUUCCUGCUGCCAACCUGUUGAAGAACUCUCCGUGACUCUUACCAGGGGCCUAUUAACUGCCGUGUCAAUAUUUAUUUGGCUUUGUUCUGAUGCCUUCAUUAAACAAAACAAACAAACAAACAAAAAAGGCCGACUGCCACCACACACUUGGCCUUUUUUCAUUUUAUUUUUGUCAGAUGAAUUUCUUUUUCCUUCCACAGAGAGCAGCUUCUCUAUAUGUACAUUUUUAAGAAGGCAUUGAACCUUUUUUUUGACGAGUGGACAAACCCAAGACCGCCUCCCAGUCUGGACUCCAGGAACGGGGAGUCUUGGCUUCUUUUCAAUCAGCAUUGUUUUAAAACUGUACUGGCAAAUUACUGCUAUUACAUUUGUAUACACUGUAUUUUUAAAAAAUGUUUUUUUUUUUUGCUUGACUUUUGUUCAUUGUAUCAAAAUUUCACGAUUUUAUUUGCUGUAGGUAUAAAGGGGGCUUGAUUCAAGAAAAGUUAACGAAUAAAGUGUUUACACAAAUGUC